UCGACAUGGACCAAAAGAAAGAGAGAAAGGAAGCCCUAAGUACAUACUCCAUUGCUGCAAAUCAAGUUCAAGCAAGGUUGGUCCAAGGAAUGUGAUUAAAGAAGGGAAAAAAAUUAGGAAAAGUGUGAAAGAUUAAGAAGCAUAAAUAAAGUGUUUCUAGAGUUCGUCGGAGUUUCGCUGGAGUUUCGGCGGAGUUUCGUCGGAGUUUCACCGGAGUCCAACUGAGGAGCGUAGAACGCGCUAAAGCUCAUUUAAGGUUGAAGCUAGAGCUUGUUGUCUACACCUUUGCACGGGUGAAAGGAAUCUAGAGGAAGACGUGAAAUGGAAGGUAGACCUAUGCCAACAAGAAACAAUCUGAGGGGGCAAACACUGGUAGCCUCUAUUGGGGCUAGUCGGUCCGCAUCUCGGGGCUCAAGAGGAGGAAGAGGAGGCCGUGAAGGCCGUGGUAGUCAUGGGUGCUAUCGAGCCCGAAUAGUGAACGACGGUCAUGUUAGCUCGAUGUAUGAAACUAACACCGAGGAAUAUGAUGCAACCUAUGUUCCCGAAACGGGGCAUGAGGAGACCCCGUAUGACGGGGGUGACUUCGAUACCGAUGAGGAGGACAACGACGAGAGUGAUGCCCGAUUCACCCAACUGGGUGAAUUGUUUGAGUGGUAUCAGAAAGAGAAGCAAAGGAGGGAUCUUAGGCGCCAAACUAGGCGUGCCCCUUCAGGAGGUUCGGGUCAAGGGAGCUGGGGAGCUUCAAGGGCCAUUUCAGGGACGUCCCAAGGCGGGCGUGGAGGAGAUUUCUAUGUGAGAAUCUCCAAAUACCUCAAUGGGGCUAGGGCCUUGGGGUUUAAGUCCUUCGACAGCACCAGUGACAUUACCGUUGUUGCCGAUUGGAUAAAGAAGGUGAAGGAUGCAGCAAGAGACACACAAAUCACCCCUGACGUGAAGUUGACCAUUGCUUCACGCUUGCUUGAAGGGAUUGCUUCUACGUGGUGAGAAGGAGUAGAAGGGAAAUACCGUGGGAAUAUCUCGUGGGAAAACUUUGAGCGAGAGUUCUAUGCUCAAUACUACUCCGACUUUGAGGUCAAUGUCAAGAGGAGGGAGUACACUUAUAUGCACUAGUUUAUAGUGUAUAAACGUAUGUUUUUAUGUUGAUUGAGUGUGGAUUUUCCAUCACUUUUAGUUAGUUUGUAAGUACUUGUUUUAUUUUGUUUGUAAUUGUUCUCUCCUUCUUUUCGGAGUUAUAGAAUAGUGAUAGAGUUUGUAGCAAGGAAAAAGGGAGAAAAACUGAAGACAAAAAGACCUAGGAGCACAAAAACCCGACCGGGUCAGACCUUGAAAUCGGUCGGGUCAGUUGAGGAACAGAUCUAAGAAGAAAAAGUAAGACCCGGUCGGGUCCCAUACCCGACCCGGUCGGGUCAGAUAUGACCCGGAACACCAGAACAUGCUGAAGAUCACAAAGAUUUGAAAAAAAAAUCUGAUUUAGACCAAACCCGGUCGGGUCCCUCACUUGACCCGGUCGGGUUUGACUUGACCCGGGACAAAUUAACGUGCUGGAACAAUGAAACGUGGGAGAUUAUCUGAUUUUGACCGGUACCCGGUCGGGUAUGUACCUAUACCCGGUCGGGUACCCGGCCAAAGGUGUUGAAAAACACCUAUAAGUAGC